AUGCAGACGGAUUCGGAGCCCGAAGAGCUGUUACCAUCGGACCUGGACGGCUUAGAGGCCGACAGAGCUGCUGCCGUCGCCGCAAGAACAGUUUUUAGCCCAGGCGGUCUUUUGAAAGCAGGUCGAUAUCGCCCGUUCCGCAAAAUUGGACUGGGCCAGUUUGCCCACCUGGGCAUAUAUGGCCGGCGAGAGAUAUGGAAGAGAGCCAGAACCGAUGUUUCGCCAUAA